UACCCCACACAACACCACGCCGGCGCAGUCGGCUACGGGCCCAACUACCGCCAAGGUCCUUCCCUCACCGACAAACUCUCCGGUCUCAAAGAAGAACUCAAAGGCAAAGUCACGAAAAACCCGGGGCUGGUGGAACAUGGGAAGGAGAUGAAAACGGGGGAGGUUAAGAGGAGGGAACAACAGGAGGAUGUGAGUUUUUUU